AUGGAAGAUGGAGUAGAAGUUCCUAAAUAUGAGAUACUAAUUCCCCUAGACAAUCCUGAACUAGAAAAGGAAGAAAAAAUUGAUGUUAAUAUUAGAAUUAAUAAUAGGCAAUUUGAAAAGGGUUAUUGCUAUGAGAUAUCUUUUACAGAUAGCAAGGAUUUGUUAAAAAAACCAAAAGGAGGACAAGUAAGAAAUGAGGAUAAAAGAAAAAGGAUUUUUCAUCCUAAUAGUAGCAUCACCAUUAAGGAUAAUUCUUAUGAGAAAAUAUUAGAGCAGUUAAAGAAUGAGAAGUUGGCUGGAAUAUCAGACAAAAACAGCACUAAAUAUAAAGAGGGCAGAGAGUUCAUUGAGGAACUAGAAGCAGAAAAGAUUGCCAAGUUAGAGGUUAUUGUUGGUAGAACACCCCAACAAGAGCAAGAUUUAAAGGAUAAAAAACAAGAGUUAGCAGAUUUAGAAAAAGAAAAGCAAGAACAAAGUCCUAAUCAGAAAAGUUGA